AUUUUCUCCUCCCCUCGUCGGAGAAAUCAGAAACCCUAACCCCAAUUACUUUCUCUUUCUCCUUUCAAUGGCUCAAUCAACAAAUGCUGAAUCGCCUCCGAUCGGCGAAGGGAGUAAUAACAUCAACAACGGAGAGUCGACGGCCAUCGUUGCCACGGCAAAUUCUCCCGCCACGCCUGCCGCCGUGAAUUCUCCGGGUACCGGAGAAGACCUAACGAAAUCUGGUGAAAUCACUCCGAAUGGAAGGCGGAGCAAGAAACCGAAACACGAAUCCAGCGCAGGUGGAGAUCACCGGAAGGAGCGGGAGGAGUGGAGUGAUACUGCUAUCGCGAUCCUCCUUGACUCAUACACGGACAAAUACAUGGCGUUGAAUCGGAGUAAUUUGCGAGGGAAAGAUUGGGAAGUGGUGGCUGAAUUGGUUGCUGAAGGUUGUGAUAAACAUUCGCGUAAGAGUAUCGAGCAGUGCAAGAACAAAAUUGAUAAUUUGAAGAAGAGGUAUAAGCUCGAGACGCAGAGAAUGGAGAGUAAUGGUGGUAGCGUUAGUAGCUGGAUUUGGUUCAAAAAAAUGGAACGAGUGUUUGGAAAUGCGACGAUCACCAAGAGCGGAGCAGCAUCCGACGAUGAUAAGUCCAUUGGAGUUUCCUCCGCUCAGAAGCCAAGACGAUCUGCCAGGCUUACCCCCAACAGCAUUCCUGUUCUGGACAACAUAAAAACAACCACAAACACCAAAUGGAAAAGAGUGGUCUUUAAAGUCAGUGGCACCUCAUUAGCUGGAAGUGGUCAAAGCAUUGACCCAAAGGUUGCUUUACAAAUUGCAGAAGAAGUAGCAACCGCAUCUCGCUGUGGUGUUGAGGUUGCUAUUAUCAUCGGAGGGCGUAACUUCUUUUGUGGCGAUUCUUGGGUGUCAGCAACUGAUUUAGAUAGGCCAACAGCAUAUCAAAUUGGCAUGAUGGCAACAGUUAUGAAUUCAAUUUUACUUCAAUCAGCAUUAGAGAAAUUGAAUAUUCAAACGCGCGUACAAAGUGCGUUUGUGAUGCCAGAAAUAGCUGAACCAUAUAACCGCUUACGUGCCAUGCGCCACCUGGACAAGGGUAGAGUUGUCAUUUUUGGCGGUGUUGGGGCGGGCACUGGGAACCCACUUUUUACAACUGAUACAGCAGCAGCUUUACGAGCCUCUGAAAUCAACGCAGAUGCAGUUAUUAAAGGUACAAAUGUAAAUGGUAUAUGCGAUAAAAACAAUGUAGCAUUGGAUCAUAUUUCCUUUCGUGAUGCGGUUUCUAGAGAUUGCUCUUCAAUGGAUUUAAUGGCGAUUCAAUUUUGUGAAGAGAAUGCCAUUCCUGUUGUGAUAUUUAACAUGCUGGAGCCUGGGAAUGUUUCAAAGGCGUUGACUGGAGAACAAGUUGGAACCUUGAUAGAAGGGUAAUAAGGUAAAUUUAUAUAGGGUGGUUAAAAAAUGUUAGUUUUUACCGUUGAUAGUUUUAGUAAAUUUUUCUAGAUUAUAAUGGUGGUGACCUGACACCAAGGACAUGAGGUUAUUGAUCUUGUACAUUAUUAUUGCUAUCGGAUUAUAAUAAGAG